UCUGUGCCUUAAUAAUUUACUAAAUUUUGUUUAAAUAAAUGUUUUAAAUCAUUAUUGCUGGAAACACUAUCAGAGCAAGACGAGUCUAAAAAAAACGUCAGUGUACUUCUUCACGUCUAUUGUUAAAUUCAAAAUUCUCAAAUCACAAUCAAAUUUGUGCCGAACACUUGCAAUCACCCUAAAAAAGGACAGUUUAUCAAGCAGGAUUUCUCUAUUGCCAAUAAUAGUAAACUUCAUUGACAUAGAUUUUUCUUUCAGUUCCUGAUUUCCAGUACAAAUUUUGAAUUCGUUGAUUUGUGGUUAUUCUUCGGAAAUUUUUAACUUCUAUUCAAUAGUAAUGGCUGAAAAUAUUGAACGUAAUGUCGAUGACACUAAAGUUAUAGUUGGUAAUGAGCUAAACGCCAAAAUAAAAUGCGCGGGUUUUAAGGGGUUAGACGGUUCUAACAAAUUAGUUUGCCCUGGAGAAAUAAUCGAUCCUGUUGAAUUGGCUACUUCUACUAAAAUUGCCAGCUCUGGAGAACUAGUUGAUUCUACUGAAUUAGCCGCAAGCUCUGCCGAAUUGGCAAAUUCUAUUGAAUUAAUCAGCUUUAAAAAACUAUCUUGCGCACGUGAAUUAACCUCUACUUCUGCUAAAAUAGCAGGCUCUGGUGGAUUAUUAGGUUCUGGCGAGUUGGCAGGUUCUACCGAAAUAGUCAAGAAUAUUCAAAAUCUAGCCGCUUCUGUUAAAAUAGUUACAAAUUCUGGUGAAACAGUAUGCUCUAACAAAUUAGUCAGCUCUGGAGAACGUGUCGGUUCUGGUGAAUCAGCCGCUGGUUCUGGUGAAUUAGUUCCCUCUUCAGAACUAGCCGGUUCUGGUGAAUUAGUCGAAAAUUCUGGUGAAUUAGUAUACUCUGGCAAAUUACUCAGCUCUGGAGAACUUGUCAAUUCUGGUGUUUUAGCCGAUGGUUCUAGCAAAUUAAUUAGCUGCUCAAAACUAACCGGUUCUGGUGAAAUAGUUUGCUCUGGCAAAUUAAUCAGCUCUGGAGAACUAGUCAGUUCUGGUGAAUUAACCGCUAAUUGUGGUGAAUUAGUUCGCUCUUCAGAACUACCCGGUUCUGAUGAAUUAGUCGAAAAUUCUGGUGAAUUAGUAUGCUCUGGCAAAUUACUUAGCUCUGGAGAACUUGUCAAUUCUGGAGAAUUAGCCGAUGGUUCUAGCAAAUUAAUUAGCUGCUCAAAACUUGUCGGUUCUGAUGAAAUAGUAUCCUCUGGCAAAUUAAUCAGCUCUGGAGAACUAAUCAGUUUUGGUGAAUUAGCCCCUGGUUCUGUUGAAUUAGUUAACUCUUCAGAACUAGCCGAGUCUGGUGAAUUACUCGAAAGUUCUGGUGAAAUAGUAUGCCCUAGCAAAUUAGUCAGCUCUGAGGAACUUGUCAAUUCUGGUAAAUCAGCCACUGGUUCUGGUGAAUUAGUUAACUCUUCAGAACUAGCCAGUUCUGGUGGAUUAGUCGAAAGUUCUGGUGAAAUAGUAUGCUCUGACAAAUUACUCAGCUCUGAAGAACUUGUCAAUUCUGGUGAAUUAGCCGCUAGUUAUGAUGCAAUAACAGGCUCUGAUAAAUCAAUAGAUUUUGCCUAUUUAAUGGGUUCUAGCAGUUUCGUAAAUCUUAAGGGGCUAUCUACAUCUGGUGAGUUAGUCGCAAGUCCUGGCGGUACAAUAUUUUCUGGCAAGCAUAUCAACUCUGAAGAACUAGGAAAUUCUGGAAAAGAAGCCGCUUGUUCUAACAAAAUAAUAUGCUCUUAUGAAUCAGCUGGUUCUGACGAAUUGGAAGAUUCUAACAAAUCAUCUACCUCUAAAAAACUACCCGCUUCUGGUGAAUUAUAUGCAAGUUCUGGUGGAACAAUAUGUUCUGGAAAAUUGGUCAGCUGUGGAGAAGUAACCAGUUCUGGAAAAUUAGUCGCUGAUGCUGGUGAAAUGACAGGUUUUGGUGUAUCAGCAGGUUCUGCCGAAUUAGCCAGUCCUGGUAAGCUAAAAGAAGCCGCUAAAUUAACAUAUCCUAGAGAAGUAGCAGGUUCUGACGAAUUAAGCGGUUGUACUGAAUUAUCAGGUUCUAUCGAAAUUUUCAAUUCCGGAGAAUUAAUCGGUUUUGGUGAAUUAGCAGGUUCUAUUAAAAUAACCGGUUCUACUGAAAUAAAAGGAUCUAUUGAAUUAAUUGGUUCUAGCGAACUAACCAGUUCGUUCGGAUUCGCAAAUUCUGACGAAUUAGAUGGUUCUACCAAAUUUACCAGUUCCGAGUUAGGUGAAUCUACCAAAUUAACCGAUACUAGUGAAAUAGUGGAUUCUAGUGAAUUGGCAAAUUCUACCGAAUUAGCCGGUUUUGGACAACUACCCGAUUCCAGUGGAUUAGCAGAUUCUAUCAAAAUAACCGGUUUCACUGAAUUAGAAAGUUAUACUGUAUUAGUUGGUUCUGGUGAAUUAAGCACUUCCGGUGAAUUAGCAAAUGCUAUUGAAAUGGAUGGGUCUAACAAGUUAAUAAGUUCUAAUGAAUUAGGAGGAUUCGCCGAAUUAAUUGGUUGUGGUGAGCUAACUUGCACUGGUGGUAUUGGUGAAUGUUCUACAAAACUGACAAAUUUUGACAAAUUAAAUAUGUUUACUGAAUUAGCUGGUUCUGCCGAAUUAGUCGGAUGUGGUGAAUCUGCAGGUGCUGGUAUAUUAGCAAAUACUGGCGAUUUGGAUUAUUCUACCAAGUUAAUCAAUUUUGAAUUAGGUGGUUAUACCGAAUCAACCGGUGUUGGUGAACUAACAGAUUCUGGUGACAUAACAGAUGCUGCUGAGUUAGCUGGUUCUGUAGAACUAACUGGUCCUGAUGAAUUAGCAGCUUCUUCCGGAGUAGCCGGUGAAUUCUCAGGUGGUGCUGAAUUAUCUGAUUCCGAAGAAUUAGCAAGUUAUGUACAAUUAGCAAAUUGUCAUGAUGCCUUCAGUCCCUUACUUCAAAAAGCCAUUGUUCGUCAGGUAGAACACUACUUUGCUGAUGACAGUUUGUGCUGUGAUAAGUAUCUCAUAUCUGAAAUGCGUAAAGACGAUGGCUGGAUUUCCAUUGAAAAGUUAAUGACCUUUAAGCGACUCGCAGCAUUAAGUCAAAAUUACGAAACAGUUGUUAAUUCUUUAUUACAAUGCGAUAAGAAUUUAAUUGUAGUUAGUGAUGAUCGCAAGAAAAUACGUCGCCACCCAGAUCGUCCUAUACCUGUAUAUACAGAAGAACUACGCAAGAAUAUCGCCGACCGUACUGUUUUUGUAAAAGGCUUUCCAUCCCAUCUGGAAAUGAACGAACUCCUUGACUUUUUUGCCACUUUUGAAAAGGUUGGAAACAUUAAAAUGCUCAAAAGUUUUGACAAACGCAGUAACAGUUUCAAAUUUUGUGGAAGCGUUUUUGCAACCUUUAAAGAAAAGGAAGACGCUAAGCGUUUUAUUGAAAAAGACAAGGUAACGUACGGUUUCGCAGAAUUAUAUCGUUCAUGGCAAAACACAAAUCAGAACCCAAGAGAGCGGAAUGCUUUUGAAAAGUAUAAGAAGAGAGGAGCCCUUAUUGCCUUUGGUGGUAUAACUGAAAAGGUUACACAAUCUAUGAUUCGAGAUGAAAUCGAACGUGCAGGCAAAGUUGACAGUUGUGCUAACGGAGGUAAAGGAGAAUUUGCAGUCGCCUUUGUUUCCUACUUUCCUGGAGAUCGUGGUGGUUAUAUAGGAUUUUUCGAUAACAAUGCCGCUUAUAAGUUUGUUGGAAAAUUACAAAAUAACCAAUUCAGGAUCAAUAACGUUAUAUUAUCAGUACGUGUUGUCCCGGAAAACUGUCUAAUUAAGGGUUCACCCGUUGAAAAAUGGGCCUUUCGUCGUCCAGAACGCAAUUUAAAUGGUAUGUACUAUGAUGAACGUCCCACUGCUUCUAAAAGUGUUGCGCAGAUGAACCAGAAGUAAAAAUUAUUCGAAAAAAAGUUUCCACGUAAAUAACAAAAAAAAUUUCGUAAAAUAAUUUAUUAAUGCAACUAAAUUUCACAAAUAAGUUUAAAUUUUUUCACGAUGCAAACUAACAUGUUUUUUCCAAAUAUUGGUCAUACCUAAAAGGUAUUAUCAUU